AUGCCUGCAGAACUCCCAUCUCCUGGCUCUAUUGUUGCUGGUAUGUAUCCCCCUGGAGAACUCCCCAACUAUAUCCUCCUGCCAGAAGCAAUCAAGAGCAUGGCACAUGUGCCUCCACUGGUGCAUACUGCUGGGCCUGGUGAGCCAGGCCAGCAGGGAGAUGCAUGGCUGCUGGAGGACAAUGACAACCUGGAGAUCCAGGAUGCGGUGAACAGGGAUUGGGAAAAAGAGACCACUGCACUCAUCCAGUAUUUCUGCAUGCCUGACAGCAUGCAAUUCACUGGCUCAUACCUGCAUGAGAUACUGGAGGAAUGCCAGUUCCUUGCUGAUGAUGUCAGCGAGCAGCUGCUGGCAUUGAUUGGACCACUGGGCCAAUGUCCUCCUGGCAUUGUCAAUUGGCCAUGGCCCAACAAUGAUGACUGCAAAGAAUGCAUGGACAAGACCAUGGAUUUCUUAGCAAUCAGCAGCAAGGAGCCAUACUUUGAGCAGUCACAUAUCUCCAGCAAGCAGUACUUCAUCUACGAACUGCUGUCCCUCUAUCCCCUCCAGCAACUCUACACUCACCUCAAUGUGCCCUGGCAAAGAUGCAAGAAUUUGGUCAAUGAAUGGAUAAACCAGACAGCAGCAUUUGUCGAUGCCACCAACAUGGAGCUGGGCCAAAUGGAGACAUGCCAGUGCUAUGCACUGGCAUGCACCAUUAUGCAAGUCCUGCCCAACUGCUCUAGCCAUGACUGGGCUUGUGCAGAAAGGGAGGCCAACUGA